AUGGGUCUCACAUUAUCGAGGCUGUUUGGCGACAAGCUGUGGGAGAAGAAGACAGUGCGUAUUAUAAUUGUCGGGCUCCAUGAGGCCGGAAAGUCGACUAUCCUCCAUAAGCUGAACGCUGGUGAGGUCGCCACGACCACUCCAGCACCUGGAUUCAACGUGGAGACUGUCCAAUAUAAGAAUGUUCAUUUUACCUCAUGGGCCACUAGUGGGCCGGAUGACUGUCGCCCGUUGUGGAAGAAUUAUUAUCAAGACACGCAAGCCAUUAUUUUCGUGGUGGACUCUGACGAUCACCAUCGUAUCAACGAGGCACGUGUUGAGCUAGAGCGGUUAUUGAAUGAGGAUGUACUGCGAGAUGCGUUGCUCCUGAUCAGUGCCAACAAACAAGAUUUGGCCACUGCGCUGAGCGCCGCCGAGGUCGCUGAUAAGCUCGCUCUCAACAGCUUAAAACAAAAUUGGUAUAUACAAGCCACUUGCGCCACCUCUGGCGAUGGUAUCUACGAAGGCAUUGAGUGGCUUGUAAACAGCCUCAAGAGGGCUGGUUAUUGA